AUGUCGGGUGAUGUCGCAAAGGCUCCACGGCUGUCAAUGUUUAAACUUAACAUAGAUGGGUGCUCCAAAGGAAACUCGGGGUUGAGUGGUGGUGGGGGGAUUCUUAGGGAUGGCUCAGGAAAGUUCAUCUUCGCUUUCGCUGAUUGCUUUGAUGUUGCUACUAGCUUGCAGGCCGAGGCCAAAGCAUUAGCGCUUGGGCUGAGUUUAUGUGCCCAGAGGAAUUUUUUACAUCAGUUGGUGGUUGAGUCGGAUUCGCUAGUGCUAAUAAAGAUUUUGAGGAACGAUUACCAAUGCCCAUGGACGAUUAGCUAUGAGAUCGAGCAGUGUUGCGACGUUGAGGGAGGAGGGUUGGGGCAAAGGCGCAAACAAUGGACUGAGGUGCUUUCUUCAGAGCCUAGGGCUUCCAUUUUUCACAAUUUUUUGUCUAAGGAAGAAUGUGAAUAUCUUAUAAAUCUAGCCAAACCUCGUAUGUCGAGAUCAAAAGUGCUAGACCCAAAUACUGGUCAGACUGGACAUAGCAGCUCGCGCACAAGUACUGGCAUGCAUUUGAAAAGGGGUCAUGAUGAAGUCGUUAGGGACAUUGAGAGAAGGAUAGCAGAUUACACAUCAAUUCCCGUGGAGAAUGGAGAAGGUCUUUCCGUUAUCAAUUAUGAAGUCGGACAAAAGUUCGAGCCUCACCACGAUGUCCACCGUAUGGCUACUCUUUUGAUGUAUCUAUCGGAUGUUGAAGAAGGUGGAGAGACGUAUUUUCCCAAUGCUAUCGCUAAGAGGAAGUGUUGCUGUUUUCCAGGAUGCACAAAAAGAAGGGGGCUUUAUGUGAAACCAAAAAUGGGGGAUGCAUUGUUUUUCUGGACCUUGAAGCCUGAUCGAACAACUGUGGAUCCAUCAAGCUUACAUGGUGGUCGCCCAGUGAUCAGAGGUGAUAAGUGGGCAUGUAUCAAGUGGAUGCAUGCUGAAGAAUUCAAAGCCUCCAAGAGUUAUACUCGACAUAGUUAA